AGUUAUUUUCUUGUAACACGUGUUACACUAGCAAACCAGCAGAACCGUGUCCCAAUCUCAAGAAACCGCACUUUCUUUUAUUAAGCCGGCAGAUGUGAUGUCUGAUAAGCGCCAGCGUGCCAGAGUCCAGGGGUCCUGGGCCAAACAGGUACCCAAACAACCAAGAGUAGCAGCAGGAGCUGUAUCCAACAACCUGCCAACCAGAAAUGUAAACUCGACUGCGUCUUGGGGGAUUGGAUCGGAGCAAAAAGCGUUUGACUUUCAACAGCCUACCGAGACAGUCAGAAAAGCUCCUGCUGAGAAGCUGAUAGAACUUGCCGGUGAUCAUGUCAUUAGCAAUGGACCCUCAGGUGUCUCCAGACUGUGUCUGGUUCCUUGGUUUCUGGAACAGAAGGAGGCUGACUGGAUCUUCAGUAAGCUGUUAGAAGAGCUGCCCUGGUCCCAGAAAACCAACUAUAGACAAGGUGAUGGCUACGAGGAGCCUCGGUUAACCUGCUGGUUCGGAGAGUUGCCCUACACCUAUGCAAACUCAACAAUGGCGGCCAACACACAGUGGAGCCCUUUGCUGCUGAGCCUGCGGGAGAAGGUGCAGGAGGCGUGCGGCGACGGCAGCAGCUUCAACUCCCUGCUGUGUAACCUGUACCGCGACGGCAAGGACAGCAUUGGCUGGCACAGCGACGACGAGGCCUCCCUGGGGCCCGCCCCCACCAUCGCCUCCCUCAGCCUGGGAGACACCCGGUUGUUCAGCCUGCGCAAACAGCCCCCGCCGGAAGAGAACGGCGACUAUACCUAUGUGGAGAGGGUUCGGGUCCCUCUGGGCCAUGGAUCAUUGCUCGUGAUGGACGGCGCCACACAGGAUGACUGGCAGCACCAGGUGGCUAAAGAGUACCAUGACCGGGGUCCACGCAUCAACCUCACCUUCCGAACCAUCUACCCUGAGCCCCAGGGUCACAGGCCGGGCUCCAAGCUCCGCGUCACAGGCCACCCCUCGUAGAAGGCCGGCCCCGGAGGAGCAGCUGGCUCGGGGUACAGACACAGCCACGUCUGAUGGCCGUCACUGGUAACCCUCGACCAGGGACUAGUGAGACGCCAGAAGUUGUGGACGUGGACACAGUGGGGGGGAGAAUGUUGCUCUUCCAAGAGGUAGCCCCUCAAACCGCUCAGAGAAGUGGAUCGAUGUGUGUAGAAUACUGGAGCAAAGGAAGGGGCUCAGUGAGGGAAUAGGGGGGCUAGGAUGUUACUGGAGAACAGUGUUUACGGUUUGUAUGGCAGUUCACGUCACACGGUUUGAUUUAAGUGCUCCUUCACCUGUUAAUGUUUGGAAAGGGCCUACAGGCCCAACAUGAGUGUAUUUCACUGUGGACCCUCCCUUAGGCUGAGGGCAUCCUUUAAGCGACUACAAUAUACACAAUCCCAAGGCUUGUUUUUCUUUCAUAAGUGAUUUCAGACGCAACAGGGCUUGCUGUUAUGAGUAAACGAGGAGAGUAAAGUGGGUGUUGGAGCCCAUUUAGGCGUAGACUUGUUCGGUUAUGGGGUGGCUCAGUGUUUUAAGGAAGCCUCCCUAUGUGUUUAUGUGUGCAGGUUUUCUGUUAAGGUGUUUACAUGUUUGAUAUUCGACAGGGAUAUUUGCUGUUUCAAAUAUCUUUAAAUUACAAUUCUAUAACUAAUCCAUUUUAUGUCUGAUCAUGAAUGUAAAUACAUGUGCAAUAAAAGGGCAUUGGAAUUAAA